UGUUCGAGCCUAUUUGGUUGGGUUUUCGAUCAAAGGACAAAUUCACUUCGCUAGCUAAAUCGUUCGGUUAUAUCAAACAGGACAACAGCAAAGUAGAGCGGGUUUCAAUUCAAACAGAAGAAAAAGUACAAGGAUCAGAAAAAUAGUAACUGAACGUGUAUGCAUAGGGAACAUAGCCGUUGAGUCGAGGAUAUUUUUCGUUGUUGUUGUUGCUGCUUUCUACGGAGUAGACGGCCGAGUGCUGAAGUGAAGUGAAGUGAACGGAACGGAACGCACUUUUCGCGCUCAGGUGUGUAGACGAGACAUAGAGCGGACGGCGACAACAGAGCACAUGCGAAUCUGUGUGUUCCUGAUUUAUAAUUAAAAAGGUUUUCUAUUACACACAGUUUUCACAUGUGAAAAUUUAAUGUCGCAAUGUCCAAAGCCGGAGAAAAGUGAACGACAUAUUAUCGAAUUUGACUGAAUAUACGAUUAAUUAGUGGCGGAAGUGUAACACUGUGAUAACGCAGUUGUAUAGGUUAAUAAUAAAAAGGACAACGAGCGUGUACGGAGCGAUAUGAUGUGCGAAAGGAUGACUAUGCGACGGUGGUGCUUCGCAGCAGGAUCAUUUUGAUAUUGAUAUAGUGAGAGGGAUAAUACCAUUUGCUGUUGUCGGGCGGUGAUUAACUGAGGAUCGACAGAGUGGAUUUGUGAGUUCACGUGAAUAAUUAGGCAAUUAGGCAAAUUUUGGGCUAGAACUAAUGAAACAUAAAUAGUGGGUUGGAAUUUAAAUAUUCUCACAUGCCAGAAACCAUAGUCAUAUGCGCAGAGAGUGAUAGUCCGACUUCUAUCAACCACAGAAAGGACGAAAAUUAAAAGUAAACAAGAAUAGAAUGCAUUCAUGCUCGGACUUCAAUUAAACUUGAAUCAUCCAAUGAUAAUUGGAACAGGAACAGGUGUAAAUCGUGUCUAUCGCGCCAAUUCUCGCUGAGUAUCUGUAACAACAACUUUAACUACAACAACAAUAACAACUGUGGAAAAGGAUUUGUGCAACUCUAUUUGCUUUUAAUUACCACGAGUUUGCACUAGCUCCUAGUGUGUUUACCAACGGCAAACAUUCCGUGACGAAUUAGAGCCCCUGGCAGGAUUGCUGUAAGGAUCGUCCUAGCGAGUGGAAGUGUAGAGUCAGUUAGUCGGCGAGAUUUUUCGCGUGUUAUUUCCCACUUAUUACAUCCGUUCAUUUGAAAAAUUCCAGAAUAAGUGAUCAUAGGCAUUAAUGUGACGUGCAACAUAACUAGAAAUAUUAUACUUGAGUGGUGUGUCCUCGAUGGUAUGCAUCCUCGCACGGUAGAUUAGAUCCUCGACUUUGCUUUGUAAUUAAUGACCAGUGAAUAUCCGUAAUUUACUGUGAUUCUACUUGACGACCAAUACUCUUUUAUAAUUUAAAGAUAUUAGAACCGAAAAAAACAAAUAUGAUCUUGUGACCAAAUGUAAUAAGUUUUCGAAUUUGUUGAACGCGGAAAAGAUAGUAAAUGCUUGGUCUGGCCCCAGGUCGGUAAACUUUGCAGCAUUAGAACCGAAUUUAGUGCUUUUUAUGCUCAACAUUGUUUAGAAGUGUUUCUUCCAAAAUUUAUUCGCCAACGCCAUUUGACGCCGCGAAGGCGUUAAAGCUCGAAGAGGACUUUCCCGGCGGCUGUAUGACGUCCAUGUCGAUGUACACGUCCCCGGAUAAGAUGAAAAUGGGCCCAUCCGGCUGUUUUCCGGGACGUUACAGUCCAUCUUAUCGUGGACCGGAUCAGAUGCGGAGAUGUAUGACAAAUCCGUCGAGUCGAUUAUUAGAAGAUGCUUCCUUAUUGUGUAAUUCGUGGUCCACGAGGCAAAAUGGUGACAUAUUUUCCGGAUUAAAUGAUGGUCUACUGAGCAGAGCGGAGGCGCUAGCAGCCGUGGAUAUCGGAAAACAUCAGAGCAGUCACGCACAUUCACAGAUGCCCUCACAACUGAAACAUGACGUCAUGUAUCACCAUAGUAUGAGCGGGCCACCGCAACGACCAUUACAGAUGCAUCACACCAUGGACGGUUUGGAUAUGCUAGAUCCAACGGGAUCAAUGACCACUUUAACUCCCAUGACAGACACGCCAAUCACCCCGUCACAUCACCAGCUCCAUGGCUCAUAUCACGGCAUGAACCAUAUGAUGGGGCACCAUCACGCCGGACCAUUGGGAGGGCACACGCCUGGUAGGCAUUAUGGGCAUCACGGGCACCCGGGAGCCCACCACCCUGCGAUGGCAGCGGCUGUUGCAGCGGCCGGACUGCAUCCCGACACGGACACAGACCCCCGGGAGUUAGAGGCCUUCGCGGAACGGUUCAAGCAGCGGCGAAUAAAAUUAGCAGGUGUAACGCAAGCCGAUGUCGGUAAAGCAUUAGCGAAUUUAAAACUGCCCGGUGUCGGCGCCCUGUCCCAAAGUACAAUUUGUCGUUUCGAGAGCCUGACUCUGUCACACAACAACAUGAUAGCACUGAAACCGAUACUGCAGGCAUGGCUGGAGGAAGCGGAAGCACAAGCGAAAAACAAACGUCGGGACCCGGACGCUCCGAGCGUGUUACCUGCCGGCGAGAAGAAAAGAAAAAGGACUUCCAUAGCUGCACCUGAAAAGCGUUCCCUCGAAGCCUACUUUGCCGUCCAGCCGAGGCCAUCUGGUGAAAAAAUAGCUGCCAUUGCGGAGAAGUUGGACCUGAAAAAGAACGUAGUACGAGUAUGGUUCUGCAACCAGCGGCAAAAACAAAAACGUAUGAAAUUCGCUGCACAGCACUGACAAUCAAAUAAUACCGCCACACAAUUAGGUAUAGUUAGUAGUGUUACCGCCUCGAUGACCGGCCCGGGAAGCGCAGGCGUUACUGGAUUUGGAUAUUGAUAGCGAACCCCAUCCCCCUUGCGACCAGCAUCUCAUCAGCAACUUCACUUACCACCUCCAUCCCACACUCUGCCGACCGUGAACAACGUAAACUGGUACUUCCUGCAACAGUCCUAGCGCAGCUUUCAUCUCAGAACAGGAGAGAGGCGAGACCGAGCGCAGUAGUCCCAAUUGCAGUCCCUUCGUCGACGACGCCGUCAUUUUGCCAAAAAACUUUCGACGACAUGUUGCCAAAAGACGCCACGCCGCUACGAAUCCAAGUUGUUGAGGAGAGACAACCGACGCCUGAAGCGCAAAGCAGGGAUGGAUCCCGAUCCUGUACUUACCCAGAUAUAAUCUGUAGGACCCGACUUUACAAUAGAUUCCCUAACUUUCGCUUUUUAGUUGGAACUCUAUUCAGAACUCUUACUGUAGGUAUUGAAAUAUUUCACAGAAUAAUUUCCCGUUUUUAUUUGUUUUGUAAAACGUUACGAAUUUACGUUUCAAUGUGCAAUAAUUACUUGACUAGUGGCAAAAUACAUAUAUAAAUAUAUUAAUUCAUAAUAAUUUCCCUAAAUAGAUGAUAAUUCAUAAGGCAAUACGCGUUUUUACCAUAAAACUGUAAAUAGACGAGAAAGGAAGUCACAGCCUUUUUCGAGAAAAACGUAAUUUAAUUUCAAAGUCAAGUCGUCUUGUCUUUUGAAGCUGGUGGAACAAUGGAAGGCGAUUUCAGUGACAAAGAAAUGUGUAAAUAGUAAAUAAUUUUAAUGAUAGGGAAUAAAUAAAUGAAUGAAGAUACAACAAUGAUCUUUUUAGCAUAUAUCGUAGAGAAGGAAUGAAACGGAGAAUCAAUAAAGAAACAAACCAUUUUGAAAAUGACAAAUUGAAUUAACGAACAAAUAGAAGUAUAAAGAUCUAAUGAAAGUUUCAUAGCCUCAGACCAAUACAUUAGUUAAUUUGCGGCUGUGGGAAGCUAAGAUACAAUGUUUAAGAAAAACCGAAGACUUCAAGUUCAAGAUCUCAGUUUUCGUUUCUUAAAUUAUUAGUCUCAAUACAAAAAACGGAAAGUAACUGAAACUUUUUUGCGAACGAAAAAAUAAUAAAAACUCAAGAAAAUAUAAAAA